CCACCAUACCCUCACGCUCGAGCCAUGUACGUAUGUUGAUGGCGAUUGUGCCGGGGAUGCAAGGGGAGGUAGCAUGAAGCAUGAACAUUCGCUGCAAAGCCCAAUUGCGCGGCUUGGGGACUAGGAAGCUGACGACACAUUGUAGGACCCCCACACCUACGAGACAGUAUCCAAAUACAUAUAGUCGAAGUCUACACUUCUCUUCGAGUGAUGGUGCAUCGGUCCCUGCCAGAGACGAAAAUGAUUCUCUCCUCACACCUCCUACGAAAGUCCUGAAGCCGGCGUUCCAAAGGCGUGCAGACCGCGAUUGGAUGGUCACGCAUCUGGAGGAAUCGCCGGCGAGGAGGGAUAGCCGAAAUUAUUUGAAGCAUUUCAAGCAGAAGAAGGCGGUGUCGAGGACGAGCGACAGCUUACAAAACACCGCUGGCAACGUGAAUCAGGAUUCAUGGCGGCUGCAUAAGACGGGCGUCAAUUUGGGGAACCUCUAUGCGCCUGCUAAAGCCAUUGAGGAGAGCCCGACCUUUACCAGGGAGGCGCCAUCGGAACGAAUAUCGCAGACUGUGGAGCCGCUGCAUAUUGCGCUGGUCAAGCUGAGAUGGCCGCAGGGGCUGGAUAAAGAGACGCUGGGUGGGAUUGCGCUGACGUUGAGCCAAUUGGUGAGGUUGGGGCUGAAUAUUGCGCUCGUGCUUGAUUGUGAUGGAGAGGAGGUGGCAGAGGGGCUGGAGUGGGACAAGAGCUGGGCGACGACCGUAACUGAGCAGGCCAACAGGGUGUUGGAUGCGUUGCUUGAAUUCAAUGAGCCGGGCGCCAUGGUUGUUGAUCAUGCCCUGGGUGUGGAGGAUGUCAAGAAUGAGGUGCCUACGACGGUGCAUGUAAGAGGUGGGAUUGAGGUCAAGCAUAAUAGGCUGUUGUUGCCAUUAUUAGAGGAUGGGAUCAUUCCUGUUAUCCCGCCGAUUGCGUAUACCACCGAAAACUUCCGAAAGCAGAGAAUUGAGCCAGAUGAUGUGGUUCUGGCGUUGACAAGGGAGUUUGCAGGUAUCACGGCGAGGAACAUGAAAACUUCUGAAAUUCAUACGAUGCCUCUUCAUUUGAAGGCUCUUAAUGUUCAAGACCAGCCCCUUCUCGAUAGGAUCCUCAUCUUGGACCCUGUAGGAGGUAUUCCAUCCAAGGACCGACCGGACAACGCACAUGUCUUCAUCAAUUUGGAACAAGAAUAUCGAGGCGUCAGGAACGAGCUUACGGGAGUACAUACUUCACCAAAAAAGACAGGGCCUGCAUCGUUGUUCGGAGGAAGCAAUCCAUUCUCUAAAUUCGUGGAAAGCAACAUCAACUUUGCGCAGACUACCCCAAAUCGACAUACGAAAAACCUCGAUGUCGUCCAAAGAGCCCUGAAGCUACUCCCACCCUCUUCGUCUGCCCUGAUAAUCACACCACAUGCUGCCGCCGUCUCGUCCCGUCCACAGCCAGAUGACGAAACUGCCCCUACCGGAGUCCGCACCCGUCGGCCAAAGAACCCUCUCAUUCACAACCUUCUCACCGACAAACCCAUGGUCUCUUCUUCUCUCCCUGACGAAACAGUUCCCCACCAUCGACCCAGAAUAAUAACUGCAAAUCCACCAACAUUUGUUAAGAAAGGCAUUCCCGUGACCAUAAUCCCUGCAGCUCCUUGGGCACCACGGUCCCCUUCGAACCCAUGUAUAACCCUCGAAAACGAUCCUCGAAUCGACUUUCCGCGUCUUAUUGACCUCAUCGACGACUCAUUCCAGCGAAAACUCGACGUCCAUGCCUACCUCGAGCGCAUCCGAGGUCGCGUCGCUGGUGUCAUAAUAGCAGGCGACUACGAAGGCGGCGCAAUCUGCACAUGGGAAGAUCCACCCUCCUCGUCACCAAAUCAACCACCCAUCCCCUAUCUCGACAAAUUCGCCGUUCGGACGAAAUCACAGGGUUCCGGGGGUGUGGCGGAUAUCGUCUGGCGCUGCCUUACUCGUCAAUGUUUCCCAGACGGCGUUCUUUGGCGGAGUCGGUCAAAUAACCCUGUCAAUAAGUGGUAUUUCGAGAGGAGUGUGGGCACGUGGAAACUGCCUGGCGGGAAUUGGACUAUGUUUUGGACGACGGAGGGAGUAGUAGAGGAGUGGGCUAAGGAGCAAGAGAGCGGUGAGGCGGGUGGAGGGAAGUGGGAUGCGUAUGUUAAAGUUUGCGAGGGAGUUGUGCCUACGUGGGCAGAUGGGAAGAGGCCGGAUUAGCAAUACUUCGAUAAGAUGUGGAGUUUAGGUCUGAUGCAUUGGAUCGGAAUCCUGGAAACAGAGUUUGAGAAAAAUUCUUUAGUACAUCUGCACGUACCUUUAUAUCGGUUCCUGUCAGACCCUUACACACACAAGAUGAUUCCACUCUCUUAGGUCAAGUGUUAUACCAUCCCAAUGUGCACACCC